UUUAAUAUGGCUACCUUGACAGCGCUGUGGUAACGAGGUGCUGCUGCGGUAGCUGAGCAGAGGUACGCGUUAAGCAGAGGACAGGAGACUGGGCCGAACAUGAGACAGCGGACAGCAUAAAUGGCCUCGUUGCUUACGGAGUGAAGGAUGGGCUUCACGGUAUCGCAGCCAUGGCCAGAUCCACCAACAGAAGCGCCGAGGACGGGGACUCACGGGUAACCGCCCCCACGGACCGCGGAGAGGCGCGGGACCUGGCCGAGCCCCGGGAACUGUCUCUGGAGGAGGUGCUGAAGUCCUACGAGCAGCCCAUCAACGAGGAGCAGGCAUGGGCGGUGUGCUACCAGUGCUGCAGCGGGCUGAGGGUGCCCCGCCCGCCGGCCGGGAGAGUCAGCCGGGUGAAGGACCCGUCCUCCAUCCUCCUGCACAGGGACGGAACCGUGUCCUUACAGCAGGAGCCCCGACACAACGAUGACACUGAUGGGCCUCUUCUUCCACUUGCUACAGAGCGUCAGCUGGUCCAGUCGCUGGGUGUGGCCAUAUACCGAGCUCUGGACUGGGGGCUGGACGACAGCGAGGAGCGGGAGCUUAGCCCACAGCUGGAGCGCCUCAUUGAACGCAUGGCCGGGGGGGACCAGGGCGGAGAGGGUGGCCGCACCGCUGGGAAUAGUACAACUGAUGAGGGGUACAGUGGCCAGGAAGAGGAGGAGGAAGAGGAGGAGCAGGAGGGAGUGAUAAAGCCGGUGUGUACGUUCCGCCAGGUGAUGGCGCUGUGUGCGGCUCGGCUAGCCAACCCAAGCUUGGUUCCAGAGCACUACCAGGCUGUCUGCAGGGCUCUGUUUGUCGAGACUAUGGAGCUGCAGACCUUCCUCAUCAAGAUCAGAGAUGCCAAGGAGAUGCUGAAGAAGAUCACAACAGAGGAAACUGUGGAAGACAGGUCUACAGCUGAGCUGGAUGCACUGAAACACAGAGACUGGGCACGUCUGUGGGUGCAGCUGAUGAAGGAGCUCAGGCAAGGAGUGAAGCUGAAGAAGGUGCAGGAGCAACCGUUCAACCCGCUGCCCACCGAGUUCAGCCUCACACCCUUUGAGAUGCUGAUGCAGGACAUACGAGCUCGCAAGUUCCAGCUGCGCAAAGUCAUGGUGGGUGGUGACAUUCCUACCAGAGUGAAGAGAAAUGCCCAUGAAUUGAUACUGGAUUUCAUCAGAUCAAGACCUCCACUUAAACCAGUUUCAGAGCGCAGCCUCCCCCCUCCUCCCCCGCAGCAGCAAUCCCUCCAUGACCAGGUCCUGGCUGAGAUCAAGCAGGAGAGAAAGCUCAGGCCUGUGGCCCUGCCCAACUCAAGACCAUUUGGCUCUCUGCCCUGCCUGGCUCAGACUUGUCCUUGUAAUGUCAAAUCUACUUCGUGCAUCGACCUGUCCGUAUCAGAGCCCGGGCCCAGGCCGCCAUCCCGCCCUCGCAUCCUGCUCAAGGCUCCAACUCUGGCUGAGAUGGAGGAGAUGAACAUAUCUGAGGAGGAGGACUCCCCAGACAACAGUGAGCUGAGGAGGGCAGAGAGCUCCCCCACACCUCUGAAAAGAGAUCGCUCCUUCUCAGAACACGACCUGGCCUUGCUCCGUGGCGAGAUCUUUCCUUCCCUCUCUGAGUCGGCCCAGCUGGGCGGAGCAGUCAGGCUAAGGGGUGAGAGGCCUCGGUCCAGGACGCUGACCGGCGCCAGGCCGCUUCCUAAUCACAGAGCUUCCUUCCCAGUUCAUGGCUGGGUGCCGCCCUCUCCCGCCCGCCUGUCUCUGAGUUCAGUCGACGAGACCACAGAGGGAUCAGAAACGAUGUCUGGCUCCAGAGGUGGAGACGAGCACCAGUGGAUGGAGGAGUUCAGCCACCCUGUGGAGAGUCUCGCCUUAACAGUGGAUGAGGUCAUCAACGUGCGCCGAGUGCUGGUCAAAGCAGAGAUGGAGAAGUUUCUUCAGAGCAAAGAGCUCUACAAUAACCUGAAGAGAGGCAAGGUUUGCUGCUGCUGCAAAGUGAAAUUCCCUCUCUUCUCAUGGCCGUCUACCUGCUUACUGUGUAAAAGAUCUGUCUGCGGCUCCUGCAGUGCAAAGAUGAAGAUUCCCUCUAAGAAGAUGGCCCAUAUUCCUGUGUACACUGUAGGCUUCCACAGCACUCCAAAGAGCCAUGGAUACAAAAGCCAAGUCUAUAAGUCCCUGCGCAGCUUAUCCCGCCGCUCAGUAGAGGAGGAGUUCCCCCACCUGUAUGCUCACGGCUGCACACUGCGCGACAUCUGCGCUGAAUGUACCAAAUUCAUCGCCGAUGUCAUUUCCUCCAGCCGCCGGAGCCUGGACAUCCUCAACAACACUCCCAAGAGGGAGGCCAAAACUGCUGCUGCUCAGAGACCACAGCUGCAACGUCAGUCCCACCUCGAGACUUGUCCUCAACCACACCCUCCCCAACCUGACCCUCAGUGUCACCCUCCACCUUACCCACAGUCACAGUGUCACCCCCAGCUCCCUCCCCAGUCCCAUCAUCAACAGCAGCGGCUUCAUGCGUCAUCGCCAUCUCCUUCGCCGCAGCUCCACACCAAGACCAUCAACAAUGUGAACUACACUACUACACUGUGCACACACACACACGCGCAGAAAAAGUAGGGUUCUUAAAGGGUUCUAGUGGUUACGUGCACAUCAGUAAUGACUCAAAGAGCCAUCUGAUUGGUUCAAAUAAAUAGAAAUAAUGAGUGAGAAUACAUAAUUCAGUGAGGGUCCUUCUUUAAAUAUUGCUGGGUUGGAGCAUUAAAUGCGUUAUUUAACGGUUACCUAAAAAACAUUUUCUGGAGCUGUGUAGAACCCUUUGUAGUAAAACUCUAGCGACUCUAAACCACCAUCACCUCACCUAUCAUCCAGUCCCCAACUACAUUAUCUUCCAUAUACCACCAUGUCACCCACAAACACACACACAUGCACAGAGCCCCCCCUCAUCACUUUAUAAGGUUUGACUAAGAAGCAGUUCUGCCUUAUCUACAGCACCAUGACUUCACUCCCUGAUGCUCACAGCUGCUGGAAGGCAAGCAUAUGGGAGGAGAAGGCAGAUGAGGAAAGUACUGGUGGUUGGGGGAGUAUACACUGUGAGAGAGAAGGUAGAGGUAGAGUUGGGUGGUGUUAGUUUGAGGAGGAAUAAAACUGCGCGGCAUAGAGUCAACAUGUAACCCUAGCAUUUUAGCUCUCUGUGGUUGCCUUGUUUUUGUCAUGAAUGUAACUUAGAGACACAGAAACAGAAUUGUAAAAUUAUAAGCUUGUACACAGCAUAAUAACAUUUAUUUUUAAGCAUCCAAAAGGGGAUUUGUAAUGAGUGGCUGCUGCAUAACAAGGCCUCUUUGCAUUUUAGGCAUGCCUGUAAAGUCCCAGGUACAGCUGGAUGAGGUAUGAUAGUGGCGACACUGUGAAUGUAAUGGGGUAAAGCUGCAGACUGCACCUUUAACUGACGCAGCAUAAUGAUGCUGAUGUGAGAAGAGCAGAUGAAACUCCCGCCUCUCUCACUCCCCAUGGACGCUUGCAAUCUGCUCUGGUUUUGUAAACACUAAGUAAACCUCAACUGCAAUAAAAUCUAAUGACAAACACGA